ACAAACACAUAGGAUAAAAUUUAACUAGAACUACAAGGGAAAAUUUUUCAAGUUAGACGAAUAAGACAACAGUGCAGAAAAUAGGAAGAUGCACAUAAUUUAUGGAAGACGGGAAAUUGUUCCUAUUAUUUUUCUUGUAUUUGAAGAUCCGCUAUUUAUCUGUAGGCCGGAGAUGGACUCAUUAAUAGAGAUGGAACUGUUGAAUAGUGAAAAUACGUACGUAUGUGGAACGAACUGCCCUUCAUUUGACUGCAAAUCGUUUUGUUUGGUGUAAUUUUCCAGCAAAUGCCUCCUAUCUGUAGGUGGAUCAUUUAGGAUUACUAGUGGUAUAGAACUAACACGCAAUUGCUAGAUGAUUGAAAAAUAAAUUGCCAUCCUUUCUGAAAAGGACACUGAACAUUAAACACAAAUUUGGACGGCGAGGAACAUCCGGUAAUUUACUCAUGCGCCCAUUAUGAUGCAAAUGUAAAAAAAAAACUCGAUUAGGUCGUCGAUUAAUAUUUCCCAAUAAUGCUUGAAGCAUAUGUUGGCCUCGGCUGAGGACGCGCAUGUCCGUAAGAGGAACUCCAAGCAGAGAAAAGGAACUCUACGAGUUUUGAUCCUUGAAAAGGCAGUCUUGUCUUACAUUGCAUACUAGUAGCAUUUUAGACGGAGUUCAUUUAAGAUGUUUGCAUUUCUUACGCUCCAGUUCUUCUUCAACGCUACUGUUAAGUUUACCAUGUCUCGCUGUUUUAUUUUGCUGUUGAUUCUAUCGCAAUUGGCGAAGAUCAAUACAAUUUGUGGGCUGGAGCUGACCUCAUCACUCAUUAAAGAGAACGUAAAUCAACGUGAUGAUGUUGCUGAGAUGGGGAUUUCGCAAUUAUGGGAUGAUAGAGAGAUAGUUUACUUUAGUAAUCAAUCUCGUGGUCGCCGUUCAAACUAUGAAAAUGUUUUGUUUCAAAAUGGUAGUCAAUACGCCAUGAAGGCGACAGGUGAAAAUAAUUUUUGUCGCGCUCCGGACGGCCAAUAUUUGCCCAUCGAUCUCUUUGCUUUGGAUACUUGCGCUCGAUGCUAUCACUACAUCCCGGACAACCCAUCUUUUUUUCGCCGCAAUAGCAAAUGGAAUCCGAAGGUGGUCAGAGUGCAGAGUGUGCAGACAGCAGGCACUUUUUAUAACGUCACUUUUUUGGUCCAUAACCGAAACAACUUAACGGCAAGUUAAAAAAAAAACUUCCUCUAUUUAACGAAACACAUAGAGCAUUUUUUAAAUAACCUUUCCUUCAUUAACAAUUUUCGUUUAAUGAACAGUUGCAUGUGAUUUCAGACGACUUCAGAAUAGCACAGAAUAAAAUCAGCUUCAAAAAAAUAUAUUUUUACAUUCGCCUUUAAAACGAACAUUCUUUUUAUAUUUGUUUUACAGUUAGCCGUCGAUUCUGAAGACAAUGAAAGUCAAUUACACAUGUCUUUUAUUGAUUUAAAAUCACAAGAUAAAUGGAAAUCGUGUUGCAAGGCCGCUGUGGAUUGCUGCUACCAAAUGCUUGGAUUUACGGAAUCAAGCGACGUUGCUAAUCAGAAUCAAAAUAUUCAUUUACUGGAUCGACAAAUGUACUCUGCAGCAAACGAAACUUCAUCAAUGUCGAAGUAUUGUCCCCCUACGUGGGAUGGUUGGACGUGCUGGCCACAAACCAGACCGUAUCAAGUGGCUCUUGCUCAGUGCCCCCAUUUCAUCUAUUUUGAAACUGAGCCCCCAGCAUGUGCACGUAACGCCGAAAAGGUAUGCACGCUUGACGGGACAUGGUAUCGACGUGGAGAAACAGGUGCCUCUACAGAAAAAACGAAUUAUAGUCCUUGCAGUCCUGUCGGCACGUUAAAACAACGGGCACAUGUUCACCUAUAUGCAUAUGCCGUCUCAGUUGCCACGCUUCUGCCCGCUAUUUUCAUCUUCUACUCCUACAAGCAGCUAAAUGUUUAUCGGAUACGGCUACAUAAGAACAUGUUCAUUUCCAUUUUACUGAACUCCAUACUCGUAAUAGUUUUCAAAGUUGUCAUGAUUUUACCACAAAUUGCGACUUCAGGCAAAAAAGAUUCUUACAUAAACCAGAAUGCACUGGUUUGUCGUCUGAUGUUAAUCACCGUGAAAUACCUGCGACUAACUAAUUACGCGUGGAUGUUUUGUGAGGGCUUCUAUCUUCAUCGAUUAAUCGCUGCCGCAUUUGCUGAACAAAGCAGUUUCUCCGUCUUUUACGUUAUUGGCUGGGUUCUUCCGCUGUUCCCAGUUGGAAUCUAUGCCAUCAUACGUUCAAUAUGGUAUGACAGCCGCUGUUGGAUAGAACCGAUUGAAGCAUGGGAAUGGGUAUUGAACACACCCUGCCUAUUUUCUUUAGUGGUGAAUCUGAUUUUCUUAGUAAAUAUUAUUCGCAUAUUAGUAAUGAAACUAAGAUCCACAAAUACCGCUGAACCCAGCCAAUACAGGAAAGCAGUUCGAGCUACUCUGGUCUUAGUUCCCCUGUUUGGCCUUCAUUUUGUCGUGACCAUCUAUCGCCCGUCAAAAGAUGGUUGCGAUUGGAUAGAAUUUUAUCAUUAUGCGAACGCCUUACUCGACGGAUUACAAGGAUUCUUGGUUGCCAUCAUAUUUUGUUAUGGGAAUGGCGAAGUUCACUACUUGUUGAAACGAUCUUACAGACGCUUUAAGGAACAGCGUUGUCUUAGAACAACCAGAAACAAUAGACGAAGAAGAACUGAACGGGGGCAAGAAGAAGAAGAGGGAGGGGCGGAAGGCAUUGGGUGCUCAGUUUUUCUUGGUCGGAGCAACUUUUCAACGACACACUUUUCUUUGGCAGAUUGCUCUCCCAAUCCACAUCAAAAACCACUAAUGACUACUAGUGGACGAAGCUCUGUAUCGGACGAAAGACAUUUCUUGAAUGAGGCAGAUUCUACGGUUAAUGUUGUCAGAAACAUAUUACCAGAACCUAGUGGGCAUGACAGCCUGUUAAAUUCGCACUUAAAAGCGUACAAUAGACAGGAAAUGUAUAAAUUUAAUUUGAGGAAUCCCCAAAUUAGGGAAACUUGCCUCGAUAAUGACAACUAACAACGGUCAUUCACAAAUUACCCUUUCAAUUUGGAUUUCCUGAUUUAACUUUUAAUCCAUAAUAAAAGAAGCUACCAACAAGAUUCGAAUUCAAAACUAAUUGACAUACCGAAAUAACCGACUUUGUCAAGUUUUACCGACUCUGCAAAAUCGUCAGUUGCGAGGCUUCGUUCGCUGUCAUAUAGCUUAGUGUUUUAUAAAUGGGUUAAAUGAUUUAAAAUUAACGUGUAAUUAUUGCCCUGCACAAUUUCAUGAAUGCGGCUUCUUGGGAAUUCUAUAUUAUUUAUUUACUAUGAAUAUUCAUAUUUUAUUUCAUUGUUUUUGUAACCAAUUCAUUAGUUCAGACAAAAAUGAUGUUGUUCCCAUUAACGUGUAGUAAACGGAAAAGUAGCUCGUGUUAAAC